AACAUAACUUUAUAUCAAAAUAAACAGCGUUUUUAGACUUUGUUCUUAUCGUCUAAAUGGGCCCACAAAGUUUUGUACAGAAAAAAUAUCCGGAGAAUAGUUCAAGUGAUCAACACCGGAAGUUAUAGUCAGCAAAACGUAAACAUGGUGUACAUAUCUAGUGGGCAAAUUGAACAGUCACAAUCUGUGUGGCGCCUGUCCCUCAUCUCGGAGUUCUUCUGGGGUAUUAUCAACUUUGUAGUUCUUUUUUUCCAAACAAUGGUCUCUCCAAGCAAAACAAAGUAUGGAAACAGUUAUUCCACAGACUACAAAGCAGGCAAUGACGGAGGUGGGGGCCGUCCACAAAGAAGAAUGGGUGGCUUCCGAGGAGGUCAGGGUGGCCCUGCCUCCCCACCCAUGGGAGGAGGAUGAGGUCGGUAAGCCCCAGGGAUUUCCCUGUGUUACCACGGUAACCAGGUGAUGGUCCAGCUGGGGUUGGCAUGGCGAUGAUAUACAGACACUCUUUGAAGAAGAAAAGACAGUCACCUGAAUGAUCCAUCUUUGUUAGUUUUCUGUUUUAAAGUGUCAUUAGUUUCUGUUUAAAAGCAACUUUAAGUUUUAUUCUUGUAUAGUUUGAUACACACAUAAUGCUUAUAUAAGGAUAAGAAAGGAAAAUUAAUAUUGCAAUGAUAAUUUGAUGUUAGUAGGAUUUGUUAAUAACAGUACAGAUUUGCUGUUUGUGGCAAAUGAAUUUAAACUUUCAAAGAUAAUACUUUUUUUAUCAAAUUAAUAAUAUGUCUUUAUAUAAAGCUGUAAAAAUAUCUACUUUCCUUUACUAGAUUUUUCAAAGACUGCCUGUUAUAUCAAACAUGUUUGACGAAACAACUUAUGUUUUGGGAUACAAUGCUACAUUUUACAUGGAUGCAUAUUCAGUUGGUUGCAGUAAACAGGCUCUGAAUGGUCACAGGUGUUGGGCUUAAUAAUGGCCAAUUCACUGAUUAACACUAUCAAUAUGUCAUAAAAAACACUUUUCAUCACUUUGACAAAACAAAUUCUGAUAUAAUAUAUAUGAACAUAUAUAUAUAUAUAUGAAAGUUCAUGUACAAUGUAUAUUAUAUCAGAAUUUGUUUUUGUCAAAGUGAUGAAAAAUGUUGUUUUAUGACAUAUUGAUAGUGUUUCAGUGAAUUGGCCACGCGCCCAACACCAGUGCUGAAUGGAAACCCAAAAUAUACGUGUCGAGUCGAGAAUUCUUGUUGUAAAGUGCUGUAUGGUUUCAUGCGCAGACUUAUGAUAGGAUGUCUUGAAACAUUGUAAUGAUGUAAGAUGUCUUUGAUGUGAGCUUUACAACUUGCAAAUUCAUGUUAUUGUUUUCUUUUGCAAUUAAUGUUAAACGACUUAAAAAUGUUAAAAAAAUAUAUAAAAAAUUGUGAGAAAAAAUGUUAAAGAAGUCAUUGGGGAUAAUUUAUUUAAUGUAAAUAACCUCUGUAAUGUAAGUCUUAUUAUGGUUUGGUACUAUGAGCAACCAUAAUAAGACUUAUAAUUUGUUAUUAUAAAAUGCAUGUUAAUGUAUAUAGCUGGCUAUAUGGUAUAUAAUUUCAUAAGGUGAAUACAUGGUUUACUUUGAAUGUAAGUUUAUUUCAAAUGUUCUUCCAUGUCCUUGUGCAUAUAAUUCGUAUUUUCUCUGCUAUAUAAAUCAUGUUUGACCCCCUUGUAUUAAAUUUAGGGGACGAUGUAAGAUCAACAUGCAGCUAAAAGUUAUAUAGUCAACUGAGUAGAGAUGUAGAUACACGGUUAUUUCCCAAAAGGGUGUUUAAUUUGUUAUAAUUGUUUUCGUGGUAUAGAGGUCAUCCACCAUUUCCUUAGCAUAAUUAAGCCGCAAAAUGUGUUUAAAAUAGACGUGUUCAUUUGCAAUUAUUCUAAAUAACAGUAUGGGUAUAAAGCUGCUUUAGUUGAACAAAUAAUUCUGACCCAUUAAUUUGGCUUAAUUUUGUAAGCUGAAAAAGAAGUUUUAAUCUACUAAUUGCAUUGAUAAAUGUAAUUCAUGAAGGAUUAUUCACACACAUGUUUUGAUUGCUUUAGAAUGAACUUUGUUGUGUUGACUUAAACACAGCCUCAUAAACCUGAUGAAAUCUAUAUAUUUUUUUUCGUACAUAAUUUUGAACAAAGACAUGUCAAGUGCACAUUUUGAAAGGACCAUUUAAAAUGGAUGUGGUAUAUAUGUUUAUAUACAUUCUUCAAUUAUAUCAACAUAUGGUUUGGUGUCAACAUAAUACAUUGUUACAGAUUGAUGAAAGCUUUUCAUAAAUAUUGAAUCACAGUAAUUUCCCUUUUUAUGCUGGGGAGUAUCAUACAAGUUGGCUAUAGUCUUUCAGAUCUGUAGCCAUAUAAGUCAUAUGCCAUUACUGAGGUUGCCCCUGUUGGCAAUGUACUUUUUCUUCUGUUAUAUGUACUGAAAUCCUGCUUCAUUCAUGCUUGUUAUAUUUGUAUGGCAGACAAGUUGAUUGGGUUCUCAUUUUAAGAAAAUUAUAUAUGGUUAUUACAGUUAUAAAAGAUUGUUUGUCUCCUUCAUACCAUUUUUACAUCGUUUUUGUCACAAAUUCAUGUCAUUAUUAAAAAAAAAUGUAUAAACAAC